AUGCUGAAACAUCAUGAGGAUUUUGGAUGGAUUGAUUACACCAUAUUUUCAAGUUUAUUGGGAGUCAGUCUCUUGAUCGGAGUUUACUUCGGAUUUUUCAGCAAACAAAACAGCAAGUCGGAAUACCUAUUUGGUGGAAAAUCCAUGAAUUAUUUUCCAGUUGCCAUGAGUAUACUCGCAAGUUUUCUAUCAGGCAUCACGCUUCUCGGAGUACCAACGGAAGUCUACUUACUCGGCAGUCAGUACUACGCCACGAUAAUUUCAGCCGUUGUAAUAGGCUUGCUGUCUACAUACGUGACACUGCCGGUGUUAUUCGACCUCCAAGUUUCCAGCUGCUACGAGUACUUGGAACUGAGAUUCUCAAGGAAGGCUCGAAUAUUAGCUUCGAUCCUUUACAUCAUAGCUCUGUUGAUGUACAUCCCUUUCGUCCUUUAUGUGCCGGCUUUGGCGUUUUCGGAAGUCACCGGAUUCAAUGUACAUGAACUUACACCGAUCUUUAGCACAGUGUGCAUCAUUUACACUAGUUUGGGUGGUGUAAAAGCCGUAGUGUGGACGGACAUGGUACAGUUUGUUUUCACAGUGGCUGGUUUCGUAGUUGUCAUAUUUUUGGGAUUGUAUUCGAUAGGCGGUGUAUUUCAAGUAUGGAGGAUAGCCGAACAAGGUGAACGCAUUAAGUUUUUUAACAUGAAUCCAAGUCUACUAAGAAGAGACACAUUCUGGGCUAUAUCUAUUGGAUUGACAACUUCUAUGCUCAGUCGUUUGGGUUUGGGGCAGAAGUUUGUUCAACGAUUUUUAGCCCUUAAAGAGAAAUCAGAUAUGAAAAAAGCGAUUUUUCUCGUAUCAUUUGGAUGGGGAAUCAUUCAACUUGGCUGCGUCUUUCUGGGACUGUUGAUGUAUGCCGAGUACCACGAUUGCGAUCCAUUAAAAUCUCAGUUAAUAAGCCGAAAUGAUCAAAUUUUGCCGCAUUAUGUGAUGGACAUCGCUGGACACCUACCUGGCGUGCCGGGAAUUUUUCUAGCUGGCUUGGUCAGUUCAGGACUUUCGACAAUGAGUGCUAGCUUAAACACUCUCUCUGCUACUAUUUACGAUACCUGCGUUGACCGAUGGAUUCCAGAAACUCCUCAAAAAGAUAAACGAGCUGCUAACAUUAUGAAGUUUUUGUCCGUGUUUGUGGGAGUUGUAACAAUUGGUUUGAUCUUCUUGGUGGAACGACUUGGUACAAUUUACGAAGCUGCUUUCAGCUUGAGCAGCGCAACCGAGGGCGCGCUACUUGGACUUCUGUUACUUGGCCUCGUUUUUCCUUGGGUAGGAAAAGUCGGGGCCUUCAUUGGCGCUUGCACGUCUCUGGUUCUAAUGCUGUGGUACGUCGCUACAACUCAGUGGCUUGUGUUGAAUAAGAAAAUGCCGGUUCAUCCGACCUUACCAACAUCAGUAGAAAAUUGCUCGGCAAGAUUCCAUGAGUCUAUUGUUUUUAUUGCUGGACCACAAAAACCAAUUACUGGCGAGGCCUCGAUCAUCUACCAAGUCUCGGCAUUUUAUUUUACGAUGUUCGGUAGUCUCAUUACUAUCAUCGUUGCCUGUGCAACGAGUUAUUUAGUGGGAGAGACGAAAAUGAGGGACGUCAAUCCACGCCACAUUUCGCCAUUCUUUCGAAGCAUGAAUCCAAGUCUACUAAGAAGAGACACAUUCUGGGCUAUAUCUAUUGGAUUGACAACUUCUAUGCUCAGUCGUUUGGGUUUGGGGCAGAAGUUUGUUCAACGAUUUUUAGCCCUUAAAGAGAAAUCAGAUAUGAAAAAAUUCAUACCACAAAGGAAAGUCUACACGGCAGUAGCACUUGAUGAAAUUGAUGCUCAUAACACUACAAUGAGCGAAAAGCCCAAAAAAAUGCGAUAA